UUAGCCCUUCAAGACUUCAAAUAAAGUUUUCAUCAAAAAAUAUGACGCAAAUAUCAAAUAAUCGAUAUUCGAUACAACAAAGUGAACAAAGAACUAAGUUCGAAUUAUAAAAAAAUAUUCUACAAUAGGUUUAAUUCAAUAACAAUUGGAGAAGAUAUGGCUGCCAUUAAAGACGAUAUUGCAACAAAUAAAACAAGGAUUUGUGAGAAAAAGAAAACAGUCAAAGAUGCUGAUACUUAUGUAAAUAUUGUUACUUCCAAAACUUUAAAUGAUGCUGUUGAUUCAUCAGAAUCAAAUAGAUUAAAGGAAAUAACUAAAAAAAAAAAGAAAAAAAUAACUGAUGAGACUGUAUAUAAAGUAAAAAAAUUGAUACAAGAAGAUGUGACAGAACAAACACAACUAGUCACCAACAAUACUGAAUCCAAUCAUCUACAAACAAAUGCACACACAAAUUUUAAAUGUUCUACUUGCUCUAAAACAUUUAAGUAUCAAUCUUUAUUAUUGAGGCACAACUUAAAACACACAAAUGAAAAACCAUUUGAAUGCAUAAUUUGUGCCAGCUCAUUUACUCAACAAUCGUCUUUGGAUGAUCACUUAAAAAUACACUUUGGUUGUAAACCUUUUAAAUGCAAUGUUUGUGGCCUCACAUUUUCAAAAAAAUCAAACUUAAAUUCACAUGAAAAAACGCACACUAAUAAUAAACUUUUCAUGUGUGAAUUUUGUAAAAAAUCAUUUAAGCAUUCAAAUGCAUUGGUGACUCACCGUAGAACUCACACCGGCGAAAAACCAUAUGAGUGUAAUGUGUGUUUGAAAUCAUUUGCAAAAAAAUAUGGGUUAGAUGUACACCAUCGAAUCCAUACUGGUAUAAGACCAUACUCGUGUGAAAAUUGUGGGUCAUCAUUCUAUACUAACAGCGAUCUUAAGAAACAUAUUGGAAGAUUACACAAAACAUAAAAUUUUGUUCUGCAUAAUUUAAAGAGGAAUUGCAUA